AUGACUCUCUCUCGAGGCCCUCGACGGGCGCGAUCGCAAUGGCCUCCAGCGCCCUGCGUCGAGGAAGAGCCCCAGUCCCUCUCAAAGGAGCUAAACGGUCUCUCCAAGCUUAGCGAUAAGCCGGGGGUCGACGGUGUCCAUACAAGAGGGGCUGUUGAUCAGUAUCCCAUCAUAGUUUCCGCCAACUCACCCCCUCCAUCGUCGACCACCCCUGACAGUGUUCCCAGUGUGUCUGGUCUCGGGAGUGUGUCUUCAGAUGAAAGCACAGGGCCAAUGACGCCGCCUGUUCAAGAGCCGGUCUUUCGGAACACUGUCAGAUUUGAGACGGACGAUCUGCCAAAACGUCCGCCGCCCUCAACUGCAAGCCAACCACGCGGCCCACCAUCUCGGCCUCCGGCCCAGCAACAGCCCAUUCGUGAGCUUGAUAUACAGCGGGAACCCCCGCCGACCUCUCAGGGCCAGAAUAUCAAUGCUGGCAGACAGGCGCUGCCAAUGCAAAAUACGUUCCAUGGCUCCCGUGGACCGAGUGGGCCGGAUCGUAGUGGUGCUCGAGCUCCUGUACACGACAUGGCAUAUUUACAGCCGCUCAAGCCUUCCAUAAGUCGAUCCAACAGUGCAAGGCAUGCACCUCCGAUGACAAGACCAACGACAGAGCGCUUUCGACGGGAGCCUAGCUUGGGAUAUUUGUCCGAUUCGGCCACCACAUACAACAAACCACCCUCACAGCAACCCCAGGCGCCUGUGUCCACGGUUCCUGUAUCAGCUCUGCCGAGCGGGCCCACUCUCGCAGAGCGCAUUGAUGAGAAGCUCCGCCAGCGACAAGAACAGCGGGACCCAGGGUCUAUGUCGGACCCGGAGGUACGACAAAUUUCCAUAACCGUGAAGCCUAUCAAAAUAAACCCUCUCGACAUCUCUCUGCCCCCUCCAGCCCCAGCUCCUGCUACAUCAUCGCACUCACCUUCGCGUGGGCCUCCGCGUGUGCCUAUCCAACGAACGCAACAUGAAGUGCCCCCAGCCUCACGUGCCCGCGCAGCAUCGGUGACAAUGCCGCCUGCUCGGUCGAUGUCUGGAGCUCUCCAUCCCUUGCGAGCAGCACCCGAGAUGAAUAUGCCCAAGCCUACAUCAACUCAAGUCGCAACCCAAUUCAACGCCGACAGAUCGCUGGCUCAUACUCAUACCUCACCCACUCGACCCCAAGGCACAUCCCCACAGCGCUCUAGCUCGGUGGGCCUGGGGCUCUCUCCGUGCCCGCGAACCAUCGCCGUAGCAGGCUAUCAAGACUGGUAUACGCUCAAGGGCCUUACCCACCUAGACAUUUGCCCAUCCUGCAUGAGCCAAAUUGCGCACUCCCGCUACCGCGACUACUUCAUCCAAAGCGCCUUGAAGGCAACCGGGCAAAAGACACGUUGUGCCUUCGCGAACGCAUGGACCCGUCUCGCCUGGGCUCAGAUGAUAAAAAAACAACACGACAGCCUCGAGCUCCUCUAUCAAAUGACCCGCCCACCGCCCGGCACGCGCCCCUGUCCUGGCCGCAUCGUUGCCGAACAGUCCUGGUACCGGAUAUACGACCCAGAGACCGGCGGCGACCUCGCAGGUUUCCACGUUUGCAGCAGCUGUGCGCGCAACAUACGCAUCCUGAUGCCCAGCCACCGGGACACCUUCCAGCCAAACCCCGACCCGGUCGAGCGGGUGUGCGACUUCGUGACGUCCAGUCCACGAUUCGUGAAAUUCAUCGAUCUCCUCGAUGGGUCUGCUUCCCGUGCUGAACUGGAUUCCUCGCGCACCCGCCGGCCAGAUACGCGCGAGUUCCUUAACUACGCGCGGCGCAAGGUCGUGCUGCGUGAUUGUCGUCGUGAUAGACCUGCUCUUAGUACGUGGCACUUUAUCCCGUCGCUGCCGGAGAUGUGUGUCUGUGAAGACUGCUAUGAUGAGGUUGUUUGGCCGCUGGCGAGAUUGAGCCAUCCUAUUGCGUGCAUGGUCACGACGAAGAUGCGGAUCUUGCCCGGUGAUGGACCUGGUCGCACUCGGGAGGCCAGCUGUCAGCUUUACUCGCCGCGUAUGCGGGCGAAGUUCAAGGAGGCGGUUCUUAGGGAUGAUUUCGGGUUGCUGAGGUCUGUUGCGCAGAGGAGAGUUGAGGCUGAACGGAGGUUCCUUGAUAGGAGGGAGGAGUUGUUGGUUGCUCAGUCGAAGGGGUAUGAUUGUGAUGAGGAGAUGAGGAAGGCUGUUGAUGAAUGGAGGAGAUGGGAGUGA